CGACUGAGUGUCAGACUCAGAGGCUGCAGCGGGGCUCAGGAUGGUGCUGGGUUCUGUUCGGGCGAAUCACUAUGUUUCUCUUUGAUACAAACGUUCUUUAAAAACGAAAAUUGACACUUUUAAAGCGAGAGCAGACGGUGCGGCUGUUGAACUGCGUCGGUGAGCGGGAUAGAAGACCAGCUGCUGUAGGUUAGCUUGUCUUUGUCCUUCAGCUACAAUGGACCGUUUAGAAAAAGAGGACCGGUCAGACGACGACACCGAAGACGAAGAGGUGGAUCCCAGAAUUCAGGGAGAACUAGAGAAACUCAACCAGUCCACUGAUGAUAUUAAUAGAUGUGAGCUAGAGCUACAGGAUGUGAGACAGCAGUUCCGCUGUGUUUUGGUGGAAGCCACAGUGAAGCUUGAUGAGCAGGUGAAGAAGAUUGGCAAGGCUGUGGAGGAGUCCAAACCUUACUGGGAGGCCCGCAGGUUGGCCAGACAGGCCCAACUAGAGGCCCACAAAGCCACGCAGGAAUUCCACAGAGCCACAGAAGUUCUAUGUGCAGCAAAGGAGACCAUCUCUCUGGCUGAGCAGCGGCUCUUGGAGGAAGACAACCGGCAGUUUGACUCUGCCUGGCAAGAGAUGCUGAACCACGCCACCCAGCGGGUGAUGGAGGCCGAGCAUACAAAGACUAAAAGUGAACUGUUGCACAAAGAGACGGCAGCCAAAUACACGGCCGCAAUUGGCUGCAUGAAGCAGCUGGAGAAGAAACUCAAGCGGAUGAUUAACAAGUCAAAGCCGUACUUUGAGAUGAAGGCGAAGUACUAUCUGCAGCUAGAGCACCUGAAGAAGACUGUAGAUGAGCGGCAGGUUAAGUUGUCUGAGGCCAAAGGAGAGUACAAAAUGGCCCUCAGAAACCUGGAGAUGAUCUCCGACGAGAUUCAUGAGAGACGGCGAAACUCUGCCAUGGGUCCCCGAGGACAGGGUGUGGGCGCAGAGGGUGAUGGCGUUACUGCAGAUGAAGGUUCCAACUUUAGCAUCGAGUCAGACAGAAUUUCCAUGGAAUCAGAAUGUUUUGAAGAGGAACCAUGUGGUGCUCUCAUGUCAGAAGAGGACUCUGGUUCCACUUGCAGCCUGGGCUCAACUCCCAGCAGUCCACAGGAGCCCCUCUUACCCUGCCCCUUCACCAACUCCUCCUCCUCUACCUCGCCAUCACCCACUCCUUCUUCCUCCUCCUCCUCAUCCUCCCUGUCUCCUCUGUCGAGGCCCUGGAGCCUCAACCUUCCAAACACGGUGUCACUAUCUGACUUUGGCCUUAUGUCACCGGUGCUCGGGCCUCGCAGUGAGUGCAGCGGAGCAUCAUCACCUGAAUGUGACUUGGAGAGAGGUGACCGUGCUGAAGGUGCAGAGGGUGAUCUGGACAAUGCUCCCUCCAACAACAACAACACUUUGGUGUCCAGCACUAAGAAGCCUUUUAGCUUGGAAGCACGCUUCAGUUUUCUCAACCUUCGACGCCCUCGUGCGGGCAGUGCCAAAAACUUGGACAGGCAGUCUCUAAAGACAGAUGCUGGACAGACCGUAGUUGUGGUCAAAGGAGUGUGAGGAACAAAAACAAAUGUUGACUUUGAAGCCUUGCUGUCUGAGAUGUUGGGCUGGCUGCCGUAGCUGCACUCCAUUUGAAAACGCCACAGUCAUUGAGUGACUCUAUCAUGUUUUCCUGUUAUUGGUGACGAUGCAUCUGUUAGUUAGUGGAAGGUUUUUGAGGGGUAUUACUCCUACUUCUUUAUGAAGAACUUUGCACUUUUGGACUUCAGAAAUUAUGUGCACUGUUAUAAUAGAUUUUUGUAUUAUUAUUAUUUGGACAGUAUGUGUCUGUCUGUCACAAAGGUUGUCUGUGUACUUGUGUUGAACUGGAGAUCAUUUUAGUGCCAUCUUAGUUGUUAUUGCUGAUAAUUGAAAUUCCGGAGUCAUUACUGUCAGUUACUCUGCAUGCUGUUUUCCAUGCAAAUGUGAUGUUCUGCUCAGUAUUACUUCAACAAAUAAAUUCUUCAUAAAAAUCA